AUGAUCCGCGAUGACAUGCAGGAGAUGCCAGCGUAUGCUCUGGUCUACGGCAUGCUUUGCGGCCUCAACUGCUGCUUCACGCUUCUGCCACUGGUGGCAGACCUGGCGGAGGGCCGCCACGUGGAGCAGACCGUGCGUGAGCCUACGGUACGUGUCAACCGUACCAAGUAUGAAUCCUGGACCACCUACACGCAGAUCACGCCCUUCUUCGACAUGUCGCUGGGUUUGGAAUUCAAUGCUGAAAGCCUAUGCAUGCUGCUGACGCCUCUUACGAUGGCAGCAGGGUGCUAUUUGUCAGCAUGCGCACACGUGAUCGUGGACCAGGCAGCACACCGCUUGGAUGUCCAGCACGACGAGGACCAGUUUGGUGAUUCGACCAGGCACCUGGCGACACUUCCAGCUGCAGAGCGAACCUUGCAAUGCCCACGCGUAUUUUCCGGCAAGGCCUUCAAGGUGGACACGUGA